CUUAAUCGCUGUCGACUCAAUAGGGUCGGUUCUAGGGUUCCUCUUUUGCAGCGUACCAUUUCUUUCUCCCAUUUCCCUUAGUCAUCUGAUUUUUUAAUAUCAUUCUAUUUUCUUCAUCGUCAUCGUUUCGAUUUUAAUGUUCUGAAUCAGAACCUUACUAUCGGAUCGACCUUAAAGAUUGAGUUUUAUUAUUGUUUUUUUUUUCAGAUAAAACAAAUCUUCGUUUGUAAGUAGAUUUUCCCCUUCGUAACCCAUCGGUUAUUUGGUUAUAUGCUUUAUAAUCUGGAACAUUAUUGGUAAUUUUGAAGCGAAACGAUUUUGAGUUAGAGCGUCUUUGAUCUGAGAUUUAGAGAUGAAGCGGUCGAGGAAAUCAAAGGGUGUUUCAUGGGCUCAUGGAGUUAAUCUUUGUCAGGUGAAGCUAUUCUCAUCAGAGGACUGUCCUUCAAAAGUUGGCCUAAAAUCUCCAGAUCAUCUCCAAGUAAAAACUCCCUGGAUGUUGCAUCCUUAUACUGCCGAGUCUAACGAUUGCCCUCCCGGAUUUGAGGUUACUCCUUUGGGGAACCAAUUGGCAGAUAUGUCCUGCAACCCUUUGGUUAAGUGGAACUGCCCUCUCAAGUUUGUUAUGAAUCCCAACUGGUGUGUGAGAGCAGGAGAAGAAAGUAAAGAGGUAGAAUCUCAGAAGUUGAGGGAAAUGAGAUUGCUCGAAGCAGUUUAUCCCCGAGUGUCUGCUAUUCCUCCAGGUGCAACUGUUUCUACUGAUAUUGAAGACGAGCUUUACGACGAUAGCCUCACACCUCUUGUCCCUAUUAUUCCUAUUGAAGAAGAUGAGUGUGAAGAUUUAGGUUCAGAUUCGGCUGUUGCAGGGAACUUCUCUACGAGCUCUCCCCCGAAGGUUUCCUACUUUCAGUUGGAACCUUCAAUCCCUGUAAGUACCAUUGAAACGUCUGCUGCAGGUGAAAAGCCAAUUGAGAAGUUACCUAAUGUCGGUGUGGAUGUAGCCGUUGCUGCGUCUACUGCAUAUGCGGUAUUAACGAAAAGCAUGGAGCAGGGAAGCCUGAUCGACACGAAUUUGCUUAUUAAAAUUUUCAGUGACCCAAAAAUGAUCCAGAAUUUGUCCAAUAACCCUCUAUCUGUAGCAGUCUCAGAGAUUCCACCAAUAUCUUUGUCAAAGCCUGUGAGUGAAUCACUUUCGUUGUCUCUUCCAAAAUCCAAUACAAUACCAGGAUUGUGGAACGCACUCCCGUCGAGAGUCACUGCUGCUCUUCCUCAGAUGAGUAAUAUUCCUACGUCUGAUGUAAAUCUAGUCGCAGUUCCCAGCAACAUACCUGUUCCAGAUCCUAACAAGGUAAAAAUUACCGUACGAAAUGCCGGGAACUAUUCCGAAAUAGGUUUAAUUCCCGCGCAGUCAAACAUCUCUCUGGUAAGUUCAGUGAGAAGAGAAGCUCAGCAAAUGAAGGAUCUUAGCUACUAUAAGAACUUAGUUAGACAACAUGGAGACCAGAGGGACUUUAAGAAACAGAAACUUGGACAACAAGAUGGCAAUAAUUACAAUCAUCAUAAUCUGAAUAUGGUAAAUGAGAUGAAAGCAGAAAACUUGAAACCCAAGAUUCAGAAACAAUGCAUUUACUUUAAUAGCCCAAAAGGGUGUCGAAAUGGCGUUAAUUGCCAAUUCAAACAUGAUAAUACACUUGAGAAUCAAAAUACUAAGAGAAUGAAACCGUUUGGUAAAGUAACAAGGAGGACUUAAUUGGGUUAUGUUGCUCUGUUCAGAAGGGUUUGUUUUUUCUUCUUCUUUUUUUCUUUUUUUCUUUUUUUUAUUUUUUUUUUUGGGGGGGGAUUCAGGCAGGUAAAUUAUGGCCUCUUUGAGGAAAAAGGGAAAUCUUGUGUUAAUUAUUAUUAGGAAAUCUGGAUGAAUUUCAACAAGAUUUUUAAGGGGGAAUUUUGAAUCUGGUGCUAAUAGUGGUGGUUUUUUUAGAUUAGCUAGGAUAAAUGGCUCCCUGUGUAAUCCUUUAGCAUUAAUGUGAAUUCUUUGCAUGAUAUUCUAUUUUGUAAA